AUGCAGUAUUUCUUGAUGGCCGCUUUCUGUUGGAUGCUGAUCGUGGGAAUUUAUCUCUACUUCUUCGUUGUGAGAGUUUACAACAUUAACACCAAGAUGUACAUGUAUCAUGUCAUCUCAUGGGGUGAGUUUUGUAUUUUAAAACAUGCACUGGUAACUUUAACCAUGCUUUCGGAUCGCCAAAUCUGGUGUUUUUAUGCAGUAAAGUGUUCGAUUUCCUUCCUUUCUUCAUGGGUAGGUCUUCCAGUGAUCAUGGUGGCCAUUUCACUUGGCAUCGCUGCUGGAAAAGAAGGGUUACAAAGCUAUACGAGUGAUAAACAGUAAGAAAAAAAACGACGGUUUGUUCUUGCUGUUCUCCUUUAAUUCGUGGCAAUUAAUUCUUUGUUUUGUUUUUGCAUAUAGUUUGAAAUCGGUAUCAUUUCAUUUGCCGAGGAUUUGUGUGUCUUUCUUGUGUGUAAUUUCUUCGAGUUUAGUUGCUGGCUUUCCUCGACUAACAACCCUGAUCUGGAUAUUCGUCGCCUUCGUGGCUUUCAUUGAAGUUGUGAGUUUAUGAUUUGCGUUGGUAAUUGUGAUUGGUAUACCUGAACUACUUGCUGCUAGGCAUUUUUCCCUCUGCUCUUUUAAUAACGAAUUAAAUACUUAUGAUAUGACCCCACACAAUAUUUACCAUUUUCCUUUUCCUAUUUACUCAUAACAAACUUUGGACGUAGGUACUGUUUACGAGGAUGCUGGUCAAUUUUAACCUAGUGAUGGCCUUCAAUAGCGAGAAAAACCUGUUGAGACAAGCAAAAGAUAUCUUCAUAAACUCUCCAACUUUUACUACAUAGUAUGAGAAAAAAGAUCCUUGCCCUUCCUUGUUGAUGUUUUCUCACUGUUUCGCAUUGAUAUACCAAGGUAUGUUUUCGAGCAAAAAUAACUCUUAAAAAACAUUGAUCGAGAUGAAAGGAGCAGGAAGAGUAGGAGAUAUCAAAUUUAUGUAAUUUAACAUAAGGAUUCACUUUGCAUAUUUCACUCAGUUCAGACACUUUAGUUCGCGAUUUCUUUAGCUCAUUGUCAGAGAAUCGAAGCUGAUAAUCUAGGUCCCUCGGUUGGAAGUUCUAUUCCCUGUAAAUGACUCUUCAUCUCACGCUUAUUACCAAACUAGUAACGUCUUUGGCAAGGAUCCUCUCCUACUUCAGCUAUGCGAUAACCGUAUCUAAAUAAUCGAUUUAUUUCUAUUGUAUUCUUCAGCUCAACAUCAUGAUACUCGCACGAGUCAUAAAGGAGAUGACCAAUUUGUUGCAGCCAAUAGGGGAAGACGACCAUUCUCAGCAAAUACGGUAACAUUCACAACAUAAAACUAAAACAAUAAAAUGGAAGAGGUUGCCUUGUCCUCCCGUGAGGCUCUAUUUGCCUAACCUCCUCAUUGUUUAAUCAGUAAGGCCUUACGAUAUCUAAAAAUGAAAAUUCAUCGUCAAAGGAAAAUAAAGGAAUGUUUUCUUUUUAACUCUUAGAAUUAGCAUCAAAACAUGCUUGGUGAUGAUUCCCCUGCUGGGUGUCACGUGGCUAUUCGGUCUACUCUCGCCUGUACAUAAAGCUUUCGUUUACAUCUUCACCAUACUUAACUCUGCUCAGGUCAGUGUUCGAUGGUAAUUGUCAAAAAUCAUUCAAUCUCUAUCCUUAUUUUACUUUAUAACCAAGUGAGACACCCUUACAAUGGUCACAUCAUAUUUAUUGGAAUUUUGAAACCAAAAAUGCCGCUAACUAUGCAAGAGAAGACAGACUUCUUUUUUCAUUAUAAGAUAUACAAUUUUCUUUCGUUCUUGGAAAUCUUAAUAGAUAUUUGGCUAAUUUGUUUGUAUAUUGUAAAGAUUAAUGAUCUUGAAAUCAUUUUUUUGUUGCAGGGUUUCCUGAUUUUCGCUUUUCACUGCAUGCGAAACACCCAGGUAAGAUAAAACAUAAAACUGAUUAUUAACUGCAUAUCAUCAAGUUUUAGUGUUUCGAUGGAUAUCCGAGUACUUGUGCUAAGAACCGUAUUUCGUGUUGUUCGUCUAUCUGCAGAUCAGAGAGCGUCUCAAAAGAAAGAGGAAUAUCGUUUUUCCAUCUUCUAUAGAGAACAACUCCACAAGGAAGAGCUCACAGGUCAAUCCAAGUGAGGUUGGGGAUGUAUGGGAAGUUGAAUUGCAAUCCUGUGCUGAGUUUGAAUAGAAUUCGAACUUAAAUAACUAGAUCCAGCCAGAAGGAAGUGACGGUCAAUUAUUUGGUAUAGUCACUUAGUUACCAGCAGUAAGUCGGUUACGAUCGAUCUGAUUUGCGAUCUCGAGCUAAAAGAGGUCUUUCUUUUCAUUAUUGUUUAAGCACUCAACUAGCUGUAAUUGUAAUCUAUCUUCUUUUGGAUUAUAAGUACAUUUUCUCGGCGAUCGUAUAUUUGCAGGCAAGAUUUAUCGAAAUAAACCAAUCUAUAAAUUUAAAUUUUUAUUGGCUCAGUACCUUGAUGACUGUCCUUCGACUAAGACCACGGUCUGCUACAGACGAGGCGGGAAUUUUUGCCAGGAAAUUACGACCCUUCUGUGCUGUAUUCGAUUUACGUUUACAUUAAUUCAGCCUCGCUUCCGUUCAUGAUUCGAUGUAUGAUCACUUCCGGUAAUGGCGACGACACAUGUUAGAAAUUAUUAAAAGUUCUGUGUUGAAAUCCAAGAAUAUAUCUCCGUUUCUCGUGCCAUCCGAACACCACAUGGUGUCAGAAGUGAACAAGAAGAUAUAAACUGUGUCCAGAACGGAUAUUGAGCGAUCAGUGAUCAGGAAUUACGCGGAAAUAUGGCUACGAAUCUUCCACCACCGAAAGCUCUUUGUCUAUCGGGAAAUGCAAGUGAGAAUUUCAAGUUGUUCAAGCAGCAGUACGAAUUAUAUGUGAACGCCAUUGGAUUAUCUACUGCCAGUAAGGAAAGGAGAAGUGCUAUACUGCUAAAUCUCGCAGGUGAGGAGGCGCUGAAAAUCUACAAUGGCUUCACAUGGGCUCCAGCUGUAGGUGACCCUGAAGGGGAGGAACAUGUACCAGCAGAGGACAAACUGGAUCCGGAAUUAAUUCUGGAGAAAUUCCAGAGGUUCUGCACGCCGAAAACAAAUGUUACUUAUGAACGUUACAAGUUUCACAGGUAUACGCAAUCAGAAGGUGAGAGUUUCGAUAAUUUCUUAUCACAAAUUAACACUCUCGUGUCUACGUGUGCCUACGGUGAACUAAAGGACGAUUUUGUCAGAGAUAAGAUCGUAUUGGGUAUAAAUAGUGAUAAGGUCAGAGCACGGCUGUUGAGAGAUGGUGAACUGACUUUAGAAAAAGCGAUAAAUGAGUGUAGAGCAGAAGAAUGUUCUGGAAGGUGGGCUCAGGAUAUAAAAGGAGAGACUUCUAAAGUGCAGGCAGUUCAACAUAGGCGGAAAGGAGGCCCUCGUGACAAGGGACCACGUAGUAACGGGCAGCAAAGAAGUGCAUCAAAUUGCUCCCAGGCGUCGAAUAGCCGGUCAUGCCGGUGGUGUGGAAAGGAGGUGCACCCCAGAGAAAGAUGCCCUGCAAAAAGACAGUAAAUGUAACAAGUGCAAACGCCCAGGACAUUGGGGCAAGGUCUGCAGGAGUAGUAAAGGAAAAGGGUCUGUACAAGAGGUAGCAGAAGUGCAGUCUGACUCAGAUGAGUACUACUUCUUAGGAAGCAUCAGUGAUGAAAGUUACUCUAUUGAGAGUAUCAACAACAGGAAACGUAGGAGUGCAUGGUUUACGGAAGUCCAGGUGUCAGGUCAGAGCCUGAAAUUUGCUGUUGAUACUGGAGCAGAUGUGACAGUCAUUUCCAAAGCUGUGUAUGAUACACAGUUUUCACACUUCAUUUUGCAGAAGCCUGACAGGCCUCUUAGUGGCCCAGAUCAAAGCAACCUUUCAACUCUUGGAUUCUUUACUGCAGAACUAAAGAAAGGUGAUCAGACAAUCACAGAGGAUAUAUAUGUGUUCCCCAAAGGCUCUCUAUUGCUAGGUAGAGACGCUUGUGCAGAUCUAGGUGUCGUUAAGUUCAUUGGAAAAGUUACGUCAGAUCCUAUCCAGUCAGCGGAGUUCGGAUCAAUGUUCAAAGGCUUAGGAAAGCUAGAAGGAGAAUAUAAGAUUAAGAUCGAGCAAAACGCAGAGCCAUACAGUGUGAUGACUCCCAGGAGGAUAUCUAUUCCACUACUUCCUCUAGCCAAAGCUGAACUUGACAAGCUUAUCGAGCUAGAUGUUAUAGAACGGUGCACAGAACCAUCGGAAUGGUGUUCUCCUAUGGUCGUGGUGCCUAAAGGAAAUGGCAAAGUGAGGAUCUGUGUGGAUCUCACGAAGCUUAACGAAGUAGUGAAGAGAGAAAGAAUCAUGCUCCCCACAGUGGAUUAUACAAUUGCUCUGAUGGGAGGUGCUAAGUUUUCUCUAAACUGGAUGCCAAUGCGGGCUUCCACCAAAUCUGCUUGGAUGAAGAUUCAAGGAAACUGACCACGUUCAUCUCACCAUUUGGUCGAUUUCGAUACAAGCGAAUUCCCUUCGGUAUCAAAUCUGGCCCUGAGAAGUUUCAGAGUGAGAUCUACCGAAUACUAGGUGGUCAACAAGGUGUGGUAUGUCUCAUGGAUGACAUUGUCGUGUUCGGAAAGAACCAGGAGGAACAUGACGAGAGACUCGUACAGACAUUAACACGGCUGAAAGCAGCAGGUGUCACCUUGAAUAAGGAUAAGUGCCAAUUCAGCAAAAGCCAGAUUGACUUUCUAGGUCAUCGGAUCGGAGUUAAUGGUGUGGAAAGCUCUCCAGAGAAGGUUGAGGCUAUAUUGAAAAUGCGUGCUCCAGAGAAUGUGAGUGAGGUAAGAGGUCUGAUGGGUACAGUGAACCAGCUCAUGAAGUUUGUACCCAACCUUGCUACUAUGACACAACCUCUACGUGAACUCUUGAGCUCUCACAGUGCAUGGUGCUGGGGUCCAGCACAGGAACAGGCUUUUAAAGAGAUUAAACAAUGCUUGACGAGCAGCCCAGUGUUGCAAAUAUAUGAUCCUUCACUAGAGACCAAGGUGUCAGCAGAUGCGUCUUCAUACGGACUUGGUGGAGUGCUUUUGCAAAAGCACGGUGACAGGUGGGCGCCAGUGGCGUAUGCGUCCAAAAGCCUUCUGGAUGUAGAGAAAAGGUACGCCCAGAUUGAAAAGGAGGCCUUGGCUAGUACCUUCGCAUGUGAACGAUUCACAGAUUACAUUCUGGGAAAGGAUAUUAUACUAGAGACUGAUCAUAAGCCUCUUGUACCACUGCUAUCCACGAAGGAGUUGGAUCAACUACCCGUACGUAUUCAACGAAUGAGAAUGAGGCUCAUGAGAUACUCGUUCACACCUGUUCAUGUGCCAGGAAAACUGUUGUACACUGCCGACACGCUAUCCCGUUCUCCAACACCAGCCAAAUCAGGUGAUUCAUUUCAUGAGGAAGUGAACUUAUAUGCUCAUCAAGUCAUAGCUGGAAUGCCUAUCAGUGAUAGCAAAUUAGAUGAUAUUAUGAUCCAUCAACAGGAGGAUGAAGCAUGCAGGCAAAUUAUGAACUAUGUAGCUGAAGGUUGGCCUGAAAAACAUAAUGUCAAGGGUUUAGUCAGCCCUUAUUUUGCUCAUAGAGCAGAGCUGACAGUGGUUAAAGGGCUGUUGAUGAUGGGACCUCGAGUCGUUAUACCAUCGUCUAUGAAAUUGGAAGUCCUGGAUAAGAUCCACGACGGUCACCAAGGGAUUGUCAAGUGCAAGGCAUUGGCCAGAAACACAGUGUGGUGGCCAAGCAUGAUGAAGAAUAUAGAGGAGUUAAUUGAAAACUGUCGCAAGUGUCAGUCUAACAGGAAAAAUCCUCCAGAACCUCUAGUUCCUACCAUGCUCCCACAACGACCAUGGCAAUACAUAGCCACUGAUGUCUAUGAACUCAAUAAAAGACUGUAUUUAGUAAUGAUUGAUUACUACUCCAGAUGGAUAGAGGUAGCUAGUCUGAGUUCAACCGCCUCAGCAGAGGUCAUAGACAGGAUGAAACGUGCAUUUUCCAGAUUCGGAAUUCCAGAUCAAGUAAAAUCUGACAAUGCCAGCUACUAUACAUCAAGGGAAUUUAAGAUGUUCACUUUAGAUUACGGGUUUCGACAUGUCACUAGCAGCCCAGGUCAUGCUUCAGGCAACGGUGAAGCAGAGAAAGCAGUGCAAACAGCUAAACGUCUCCUAGCUGGCUCUCAAGAUCCUUAUCUUGCUUUGCUACAGUAUAGAGCGACACCAUUGGCUAAUGGUUAUUCUCCAGCUGAGCUAAUGAUGUCAAGGAGGCUAAAACCAAAGUGCCGGUGGCCCUGUCUCAGCUGUCCCCAAACCUUGUGCAGAAUCAUGCCCUACGUCAGUUUGAAGACAAUCACAAAACCAAACAGAAGCUGCACUUUGACAGAAGGCAUUCAGCGAGGCCUCUUGUUCCCUUAGAGAAGGGAGAUGAAGUGAUGGUACAAGACAGAGGACAGUCUGGAAUAGUAGUGGAGAAGUGCACACCUCGUUCUUAUGUGAUCCAUACGGACACUGGGUCAUAUAGAAGGAAUAGAGUACAGAUCAACAAGAUACCACCCCACCCCCAGCUGCAGCUACAGCUCCAGCCAAACCCACACCGGUGCCAGUACCUCCAUCACCUAAACUUCCUUCACCCCAAACAGCUAACACUGCAGAAGGAACUGGCACAUCAAAAGUGUACACCAGAUCUGGCCGUCAAUCUAAGCCCUCAUCUAGAUUGAAGGAUUAUGUGCCAUAAGUGAAGUUAUACUUUCUGGCCAGAUUUUCUCUGGUUUCUCAGACAGAAAGUCAUAACUAUGAACGCGUAUUCUAGUGUGUGUGAGACUUAGUGCAGAGACAAACGACAAUAGCUACCCAGGAUGUGUUUCUUAACAAAAUGACGAUUACUUGAGGACAUUUGAUUGACGUUGUUUUGAUUUUGAAUUUCACGCUAGAUAAGAAACAAGUAUGUCUAAGUAGUUUCUCUUUUAUUAUCUUAAAGGGGGAGAUGUGCUGUAUUCGAUUUACGUUUACAUUAAUUCAGCCUCGCUUCCGUUCAUGAUUCGAUGUAUGAUCACUUCCGGUAAUGGCGACGACACAUGUUAGAAAUUAUUAAAAGUUCUGUGUUGAAAUCCAAGAAUAUAUCUCCGUUUCUCGUGCCAUCCGAACACCACACCUUCUUUCUUUAAAAACCACUCUCGCACGCAGCUUUAAUUAAAUGUAUUUAUCUUUUGAUUCUUGCGCGCUAACUUUCUGUGCUUACUGCAUGAUUAUUUCAUAUUCGACGUUUCACUUAUUAAGUUUACAAACGUCUCAUCCAACACUGUCAUUACUUUUUACUAUGGAUAAUAAUAACUGAAGCCUAGUCAUGCAGAAUUGAAAAACCAAGGAACUUUCUGGAGCAUUUUAUUAGGUAACGUAGUUAUGAUGUAAAUGCACUCAUAUAGUUGUGUUGUAAGCUUCCGGAAUUGUUGAGAAUGGUUUGUACAUAAGGCCUGACAGUCGUGCAGCAGUAGUGCUUGUUGUUGUCGGGAGUGACUGACUUUUCAGAAAGCUAUUACGAGAGAGAGCUACUGUGGAAGAUUGUUAAUUUGGAGGCACUUUGGAGACAACUGUGAGAUUGUGUCAGUGUUGAGCUAAGGAAUAGUUUGUGGUGGGCUUCUAUCAGUUUAUUUAAGGAUAAUUAUUCUACUUCCUUUAGGAGUCACUCCUUGGUAAGAAUAUUACAAGUUGUUUAAUAAAUUAGUUGGGUUUGUUGAUAAAUGAUGUUCUUUCUGUCGGUUAAAUAAUAAUAAUAGUCUCAGCACAUAACGCUGACAUUCAAAGUUGUUGCUUAAUGAAUAAGUAGAUGAAUACGUAAAUGUUUGAAUAAAUAAACAACUAAUUUAGAAAGAACAGAAAAACCUCUUAUGACUGGAUCUUUUGUGGAUCAGUUACAUUAACCCAUUUGUUAUUCGCUAUUCCUAAGAUAAGGAGUAUCGAUUUGAAUCGAAAAUACAUCGAUUAAUAGGGAAUUCAACUGGGCCAAUAUUAGCCGGAAAUGGCAUAAACCAAGAGAUUAUAAACUAUUCGGUACACAUCAUUCAACAGCGAUUAAAGAACUUUUACACAGAGUAUACAAUUUAAAGUGAGAAACGGAGACGAAGUGUUGAAUAGGAAUUUCAACAAGCCAGAGAAGGAGUCGAUUAUUUACAACAGUCUGGGUUACGUCAUACCCAUUUAUAAAUAUACAUGGAUGACGAAGCGUACGAUUUAGGCGGAAGAAGUAAAAAAAAAUUAUCCUAGAAUAUGCAUGUAUAUUUCUAUCUACAUCGCUCAAAUGCAAUAGGUCAAAGCGCUUCAAGUUUCGAUUGACUAAAUACAUCGCAACUAGGACUAAGGAAUAUUCCAGAAUAAAUAAUCAAUUAUUCCUUGAGCGCAUAGAGAUUAGUAGUAGAGUAUAAUACCUCGCCAACAGAGCACAUCACUCUGACCCAGGAACGUCUCGCACAAUGAGCAUUUGACCUCACCGCUCCUUGUAAAAUGUUGGAAUUCAAACAUUUGAACACAAAAGUGAUGGUCUGCAUGACGCUUUUACGGGGAGAGUUGUUUUGGAGGCUGAACAUUAAACUAUGGCCGUUAACCUCCUUUGGUUUUCUGAUAAAAUAACGAUUAACUUUAUGGAAACUCACAUCGAACUUAUGAUCUGAGAUAACCGAGAAGAAAUCCUUUGAAUCGGAGUUUGCCGUGGUAUAAAAAUAAUAAUGCACCUUAAUUAACACACGAGCGAGUUAGUCCAUCACUAUUGAAGGCAUACGAAGUAAUUAGACCCAUCAAAUGAAACGUGCAGCAUGUCAUAGGCGAGAUGAAUAAAAAGGAAUCAUUUCCAUUUAUGCAUACGAACAGAUGGCAUACUAGCUUUAGCUGCCCGUUGAUAAAACAGAAGUUUGUUUAAGACAACUUUCAUAUAGCAGAGCUCAUAAAGAAACUACCAUUCUUAACAUCAAUUACUUUUGAGCUGCUUCUUUACAAAACUUCAAUUACAAAAAGUGUUUUAUAAUGUGGUGGAUUUUUUCGAUUGUAUUAAUAGAAACAAUGCUCUACAUCUGGUGGAAGCUGCUUUUUGCCCAUUGGUCCGUCUAUGACAGAAAGAACAAAAAUGGAGGCAAAUGCCAUGACUAUGUGAUCAGAGAUCAUGAUUUGCAUUAAACUCUAAAUCGUACGAAGGGGUUUUACGAGGAUGUCUCAAAUCCUCAACUCUAAAGCGAGGUGAAUCAACUAUAAGCGUAACGGUAACUCUCGACGGCAACCUUUGAUUAUCUUGGUUACGAUGAAGUGGAUGAUAAAUGGCAGUGAAUCCGUCAAAAUUUUCAAAACCCUUUUAACAUGCUUUAUGCUGGGUAAGUACGACACUAGUUAUUCCUGUUUUUUCUUAGGUAGCUAUGACACCGUCGAAAUUAACGUUCCAUUUUUAAAAUAGUUAGUUCGAUUUUUACUCCUACUGAGCUCUAAUUACGAAACAAACCGAACUCUACACAUCUCCUUUCUUACCUAUCGGUCCAUCAUUAAAGAAAAACUUGGGGAUCUUUGUAUCAUCGACAUCAUCAUUAUUAUAGGUUUCUCAAUAUUUUUCACUUUCCAUACAAUUCCAAAUAAUUUAAAAAAAAAAUUAAUAACCCGGAAUGACACAUUCGUAUAAGUGCAAAGACAGCUAUGCAGGAACACAAUAGCUUAAUUUCUGUCGUCUUAAGUCACUAUGACAAGAUGUCAAAAGGGAAAGACGUCUCCUCUUUUUAUGCUUCAGAUGGUUGUUGUACAUUCGACGUGCUUAGACAAACGAUCGAACUUAAUCAACAGGGUCCACUUGGCACUAGAUUAGACUGAUUUCAAGUUUGAUAUUCGACCGGUGGGUUGGAAAAUAAUGGUUGAAUUGGUGUACUUUUUCCUUAAUCAUCGUACGUUAAAACAUCAUAGCUCUUCUUGAAUUUUGAUAAUUGAUUUUCAGAAAAAGCUGAGGGGUUAAUAUGAAGUGCACUCACAGAAACAUAAUUGAAAUAACCCUUAAAAAUAUAAUAUUUUUUAUGUAUUAAAAUUCAGCAAUGAAAUCCUUUUUUUUCUUUUUUGAUUUAUGCUCAAGUAAAAAAAUUGGGCUUUUAAUAAAGUCCUCUAUCCAGUCGUGUUUAAUGGAUUACCCUGAAAUUCUACGAGCAUUACGGGCGAUGAUGUUACUUUAUGCCUCGUGUUCCUCAUUCCAGGGUCAUGUGCAAUAAAUUCCAGCCUAAAGGUUCGCUGAGAGCCUCAGGAUGAGGCGUUAUUCAUAUAUUGCGGAACCCAAUCCAUUUAAGCUUUCAAAUUAUUUUUUAAUUUUUAACACUCGGGGUAAAUGACUGCUGAGUGCUCGCCAAGUUGGACGUCAUGGACAAUUUAAACAUAUUUCUCUUCUUUGUACCCGAGAGCAAACUUUAUACUUAUCUCAUUGCUCUUCAUAUAUAUAUAUAUAUAUAUAUAUAUAUAUAUAUAUAUAUAUAUAUAUAUAUAUAUAAAAAAAGAAAUAUAUAUAUAUAUAUGGGUUCCGGAGGUUCCACGGUCUGCUGAUCCAUAGUUUAGUAACACCCAAGAAUAUGGAAAUUUCCUCACAAAAUUACGGAGACCAAUCACUCGAGCUUCAAAUUGUGCAGAAGUGUUAUUUGAGCGGUCAGAUUUGAAACCCGAUUCCUACGCUUAAAGAAACAGCCGUAGUCCGUUUUGAAUUGCUGCAAACUAAAACGAAAUGCUAUUUUUAUUCUGGAUAGCGCAUUUUACAUCCUUUUCAUUGUUUUAUAAUUUGGUUGCACUCCGAAUAACCCGUUUAAAGAAUUUUCCGAAAUACAUUCGCGAAGGUCUACCGUAUCCUUAAAAAUAUUUUCCACAUUUAACAAUUUUUGUUCAGAUGGUUGGUAAAUUGCGGAGAUGCGGCAUUUAUCAAAAUUUCUCUGUCUGCUCCCUACUAAGGUAAUAAAUUCGUGGGUAGAUAUCAAAAGGCGUGUAGCAAAUAAAAUGCAUUAACACCAUCUAACUCGAAAUCUAAUAGACUUUUUCAUUGUUUCAAAUGUUAUUCUUGAGAUAACAAUCAAUUUAUUUGCUUAAUCUCUUCCACAGUCAUCUUUCAUUUGUUGAUGGAUUUGCCAGGAACAGGUUAGGCAGUGUAAUUUCAAUUUUAACAUUUAUGCACCUUAACAUGAACGGUAAAAAUAGAUAAUAUCCGACUGAUUGUGCCAAUAAUGAGCCAUAGACCUCCUGUUAGAAUUACAUCGGAUUGUGAUUUAAAACGUAUGUUGGAGAGCAAAAUAAAAAUUCAAUGAAUAACGGUGCUAUCACCCUGAUCUCCCCAAUUUCCACUUUUAAAACGUUACGUAGCCUAAUUGUAAUUUUUGCUCCAGUGAGGUAGAGGAUUUUGAUGCCCAUCAUUUGUUAUUAAAAUUAAUUGUAUAAAAAACACGUAUUCGUGUCCAUCAUCAACAUUAUUACAUGAUUGUAAAUAUGUGAAAAUCAUAUAUGUGCACUGCGGUUGAUGAACAGUUAUGAACACUACUUAAGUAGUAGAGAAAAUGUGGCCCGAAAAAAAAAAUUCAGUUUCCAGUUGGCCUGUUAGCUCAGUUGGUAGAGCGCUACACCGGUAUCGCAGAGGUCAUGCAUUCAAUUCCCGUAUAGAACCGUUCAUAGAGGGUUGAGGAUCGCUUCUAUAUUCGUAUCAGCUUUAUUGUUAUCAUCAGUAUGCGUUUUUUUCGUUUAUUUAUUUAUUCAUUUAUUCUUUCUCAUAGAGUGCCAAGCAACCUGUUUCAAAAACUCCUCUUACUUUUUUUCGAAAAGCGGAAGAGAUUGGGAUCAAAACAAUCAUGCUUGCUCCGCCCAGAAAGGUUAUUUAGUCUCCAUAGAAACUGAGGAAGAAUGGCAGUUUAUCAAUCGUGAGAUUCAAAAGCGUGGUACUUCGAAUGCUAGUGCGUGGCACAUUGGUUUAGAGAAGAAAGGCGGGGUUUGGACUUGGCUGAGUGGAGAACAACUGAAUAUUUCGAAAUGGCGAGAUUCUGAGCCAGGUGGUGACGACAAAAGGGCGGAGAUAACUAAGAAUGGAGGGCUCUUUAAUAUUAUUUCUUCGCCUAGAAGAAAUGCCUAUAUUUGCGAGACGCCCGGAGGUAAGAUCACAUUCUAACCAUAAAGUUAAGAAUUUGUUCAUGCUUAGCGUGCGUAUAACUAGUUAUGGGUGCACGCGGGAAGUUUGGAGAGCACGAAAAAUGCGUAAGAGUAGCUCGAGGCGCAGCCGAUAGCAACUCUAGCUUUUUGAGUGCUCUCCAGACUUCGCAAGUGCAUCCAUAAUUCGAUAAACGCACGGCUAAAAGCAUGAGCAAAUUCUUUUAUAACAGAGAGACAACAAGGAUCUACGCCAACUGAACGCAUGAAUGAAUUCCCAGUGGAUCAGGACCUGAAAGGUCAAUGCUGAUUGAAAAAUUGGGCAGUUCUUCGCUGGUUUCUUCCGUAUUUCUAAGAGAAGGAAACUGCACUGCAGCUUAACAGGACAGAAAUUCUGAAUCCAAGUAAAAAAAAAAAAAAAAGCUCUCGUCAUCUUAUUUACGCACGGGCGUGCGUAAAAAAAAGGUUUUGUUCAUAGCGGCUCAAUAGGACUUGUAUAGGGCAGGCACGCGCGCUAUGUUAUGAUAUAUCAUGUGCUGAAAAUUACAGUCUUGCAGUUGUGUCACGAAAAUUGCUCUUGCUUCUUAAAAGUAAAAAUAUUGUUCACAGAAAAUGCUCAGCUCACCUAACUUGUACGUGUGAGCGGUGAACGAAUUUAAAAGCGCGUAUUAGUAGUUGAACAUACUAAUUUCCGGGACACACGUUUCAAAAGAAAAUUUGAAUUACCCUGGUGUUGUCCUUUUUUUGCAUCGACUACAGCUGGAAAACAGCGAUAGCAAUCGUACGUUUCACAACUUUUGUCCAGCGCGCUGCGGUUAGGAUAAUCUAGCCGACGGAAUUUUCCCUUGCCACAAAUCGAAGUAUUUUAUUUUUCUGUGUGUGUGUGUGUGUGUGCGUGUGUGUGUUUCUUGUAGUUAGUGAUAAAUAUUAUUUACAGACCGGGAGGUCCGUAUUGGGUAAAAUUGUGCCCGAGGUCUUGACCACCGGUACUUUAGGCAAAGUGCACAGUUUUUCCCAAUAUGGACCGACCUUGGCUGGUGAAUAACAGUUUUUUCGUAUACUUUACGAAAUGUUUUCCAAAAGAACCCUAAUGAGUCAGGGCUGUAAUUACGGCAAGGUCCUCCAUGAACUGAAAAAUUUUUGAGCGAGUAAGUGGAGGUAAUGCAAAUUAAAGAAUGGCUUCACCGAAAUAUUUUUAUUUGUGUAAAGAAAAAGGUGAUUUAAAAGACUUCCAAACAGAAUUUCAAACAUUUUUUGUACAAAUAUCUGUCACAAUCUGACACCUGUGAAUUAGAAAGUGCGCAAGGAAAAAACACAUACACGCGUUAAAAAAUCAACAACAACAACAACAACAGCAACAACAACCACAACGGUGCUGGUUUGGUAAACAAACUUAAGUGAAAAGUAAUUGUAAAUUCAAGUCUAUGUUUUGAAGUUGUGGGAAUUCGCUCGUUUGUUUGGUGCAAUCAAGUGUGUAACUCUUGUCUUUCAUCGAAAGGGAGAGUUUUCAUGCAGCUUUUCCUCGUUGAAUUCCUUCUGUAUCUGUUGUGAAAUUAACGUAGCAAUGUCUAAUUUGAAGGGAACUGCAAAGAGCUAUCGAAAGCGUAUUUGAAGUAUAAAAGACUUCGCUCACUGGUUUUCAAGGGACAAAUUUUUUGAGAAUUCACAUAUAAAACGAAUAAAAUUUUCAUCAAUGAACUCAAUUGUAAACAAAUACCUCACAAUUUAACUUUCUGAGUUACUUCUAAUAAAGAUUUAGGUUAAUCACAAACGAUUUUAGGCCGCGCGUCAACCCAUUUAAUGACAUAUUUCCUACCGAAAUUCAUUUCAAAACAAAUUUUUUUCUUGGCUACCAAAGUGAUUUGAGAGAGAGAAAGAGAGGAUUAAUAAGUUAUUAAUCGGCUUGGUUUUCUUUAAAAUGGUUAUUUAGUUUUAACAACUGGGUUGAAAUCGUAAAUUGGCCACCGUAAAGAGUUUAAAGGCUUCAAACUCCUAACAGUGGCCAAUUUGUGUUUUUAUCUCAGUUGUUAACACUAAAUUAUCUGUUAUAUUCUCCCAUCGACGCAGCACCACAGUUUCUUUAGAAACUUACGCUUUUAUCUCUUUAAAAUGAUUUGCUUAAAAAUACUGCUUAGCCGGCAAAACGAAAUAUAGUUAUGAAAAAUGGCAACAAAGCUAAGGAUGUAGCUUGCGACUCCCGCAAGCGAUACCGUGCCUGUGGGCAGAAAUAGGAAAUUCCGGACCGCAUUAUAGAUCAAUAAGAUUUUAGGAUUCGUAACUGCACCCUCUGAGAAAAACAAAUAAUAAAUACAGUUCUUCCGAGAAAGGUUGUCGGAAAAAAGCGUGUCGGAAGUGCAAGCGAUAACCCCGAAAGGUAUUGCGGGUAGCUUUUAGGUCAUGGUUAGACUUGACCUCAGAGUUCAGGGAAAGUUUAGAAAAUGUCACUUUAGGAACGAGGCAUCACAGGUUUGAUGAACUUAUCUUAUUUACAACACUGAUUUUAAAUUCUAAACUGCACGAAAAACGAAAAACAGAUCGAGCUAGCCCUAAAUAAUUUAUCCUUACUUUUUUAUAUACAUAUUAAUAACCGUUUCCCACCUAACAAUUUCCAGAUUGCCGCGUGCACUUUAAAUUGCUGCUCUUUUACACCUUUCCUGUAACAACUUUAUACCGCUAACUGCGUAUCUCCAGUUGCACAUUUAUAAGAACUUAUAUUCACAUUUGAUUUUACGUUUUUAAGACUUUUCAGGUUGGAAAGGGGGGGGGGGGAACUUGAGGUGUCAGCUCAACGAGGAACUAAUUAAUAUUUAAAAACUCAACUACCAAAAUUACAUGAAUUCAUAGAUGAUCUUAGCUAAUGGGACGUUACCUAAGUCAGAAAGGUAGGUCAGAGAUGGCGGACGCCGUAGUGAAGAAAGAUGUAUUGUAUCAAUUGACACCGAUCAACCAUAAUAUUAAAAAAAUAGGAAUCAAAUAAAGAAUAAGAAUAAAAUAAUCUCAUUUAUGUUUCUCCUUUAUUAAGAUUGUGAUUAUAAUCAUUUUAUGUUAUCAUCAUUACUAUAAUUAUGAUUUUAUUUGUCAUCAUUAUGAUAAUUAGUAUUUUUGUUGUCAUCUUUACCAUUUUGUAGAAUGCCCAAAUAUAACUUUUAAUAACUCUUGGUACAUAAUUUCUGUGGAUGGAUGGUCCUGGCAGUGGAGCAGAUACAACUGCCAAAGGCAAGGAGGGGACCUAGUUUCCUUUGAAACCGAAGAGGAAUGGAAUUUCAUUAAUGACGAGAUUCAAAGGCGAAAUACUACGAACUAUAAAAAUAAAUGGAGUAUUGGUUUAGAAAAAAAGGCCGGAAAAUGGACCUGGGUGAGUGGAAGACCGCUGACCAUUUACAAAUGGGGAAAAGGGGAGCCAGGAGGUAGACACUACGCGGCUUUCAUGUAUAGGCGGUCUAGUAAUGGCAAACGAGGCGUUUUUGGCAGUUUUCAUGAUAAAUUUACGAUAAAGCAGCACGCUUAUAUUUGUGAGAUUUCCACGGGUGAGUUAAUUUUUUUGUCGUUGUUGUUGUUUUUAAUGUUAUUUCGAUUAACCUAAAGGGCGCCAGAAGCGCUUAAGCGUAAUAAAAGCCUUUCUUUGCUAAAGUUUGUGAUAAACAAGACAGAAUUUAUAUAAACCUUCUGACAUGUUUAACCACGUGAUUAGAGGGAAGUUACAUAUGGUUCUGUUACUAUCACUAUUACGAGUAACAACAGUUGUGGCACUUUCAGUCAUCAGUUAUUUUCAUGUACCGGUAGUUCAUUUAUCCUUUCGCUUGAAUAAAAUGAUGGUGAAUACCAAUCGCAAAGAAUUAUUAAUCCGAUUGCUUUGUUAGAUAAUAACACAUGAUGAUGUGAAGUGCGUUAUCUUUUGUGAAGAGCUUGUGACUCAUGUCGGUUAAGAUAUAUGCCAAUUAUCACUUUAUAAAAUGAAUGCAAAAGACUUGCAGAUGUUUUUUCGCAUUGGGGAAUCAAUUUUAUGGUUAUUGUAUUCUAUUUUAAUACCCGAUCGUUUGAACUGUAAAUUUGUAGGGGCUAAUUUCAAUGCAACGCAAAAUGUGCAGUGAACGUAAUAAACUGACCAUUCUGCAUCUAAUUGAAAUAUAUCGGACAUUUCGAUCGACUUAGCAACGAGCACUCUCUAGCGAGGGUCACCUCAGUUUUCAUACGUCACCAGAAGAUGUAUAUACAUUUUCUUGAGUUGGAAUUUAAUUGAUGUAAUUGUACUUCAGUGAUUGGGUAUGCUUGAGCGUUAUCUUCAUAAUAUGACAGAAGUAAGUUAUUUAGCGUAUGCGUUGUGAGAGAAGGAGCAUAUAAAACGCCUUUGAACUUAAAAGUGAAGCAAAAAGUUAAAUGUUCUUGACCUUAAUCGACGAGACUCUUGCGAAGCCCAAAAACCAUUACACUUAUUAAAUGAGUCCAAUAUUUCUGGGUGAUGUCAUUCUUUGUGCACGGCCUCCUGAUUCCAUAACAUCAUGUACGAGAAAAGAAUUCCCAAACGCUGUGGUUGGUGCAAGAUAUCAAAAUGCUACGAUGUAAUUGGUGUCCGAUACAUACCCUAACGCGGCAAUCUGGCUUGUGUGAGAUACAUACCAAAAAAGCGACAAUUAAAUUGCUGCAAAAUACACACCUUUGUGCGGCGAUCUGAUUGGUGCGAGCAACAUACCACUCUACACGCAAACAUAGUUAUUUUUUCUGAAAAAAAAAAAAAAAAUCAUUAUUUCCGGUGCAGGCGCAAAGCAGCGCUUAUCUUGAAUAGUAUGUUUCUCAGAACAGAAGAAUUUUGUUACUUUUUGGAAUAAUUAAUUCUUAUGUAUUGCAAUUGUCAUAUUUUUUCAGCAAAUCCAGCUCCUGGACGGAACUUUUCGCAGGACUCUUACCCAGACUACGAUGGACCACCUUGCACGCAACAAUAUGGUAAGAAGAGUUGGUCACUAUAAUGCAUUUGUGAUAGAAAAAAACCGUUUUUACUCGAAAACUUGAAGGCUAGAGUCAUGUUUUCACUCAUUUUUCACUAAGGUUGUUACAGUUCCUGUGCGAUUCAAGUUUCGCCUUGCGUUAUGCAUUUCUUUUUGCUUGAGAGAAAACAUGAAACUGGCUUUUGUAAAACUAAAAACUGUAAAUUUAAAUCCACGCGAAGAAAUUUUUAUUGGCUAUUACAUCAGGAGAUCAUAUAGAUGCAAGCUUUCAAGUGGAUAUCUCGGAAAACACACAUUUCAAGGCCUGGACAAGGAACCUCCCAAUCAUUUUCUCUCGCAAUGCCCUAAUUAACAAAUCCAUCAAAUUAUUCAAAUAUAAGCGCUGAAUUAAACCUUUUACCGGCGUGACGGGUAAGGUUAAACCAAAAAUCCCAAAAGGAGCCGUAAAUUCAUCGGAAACAGUUCAAAAUAAAAUAAGAAAUGAAAACGUCAUACUUAGUGGUUUAACAAUAAAUACGCGCGAAUAUUUUGUUAUUUGCCUGGCAUUUUUCAGGCCCCGUAGGGGCAAGUUGAAAUGCCAAAAACUGGGCAAAUAAGUACCCCUAUUAGUUGUUAAACUAGUAAUUCAGGGAUGUAUUAUUGAACUAUUUUUUCAUUACUAGUAUUUUCGAAAAACAUCCUACAGCCCUAUCUGAUAAUCGAUCAUACAAGACGUGUGCGACAGACGAAAAUAAUGUAUAGGAAACAAUAAGAGUGUUCUGCAUAAGCAAUAAAAAGCUUGAGUGCAUUUAAGAGUUUUGAUCGUUCAUGGCGGCCAUUUUGUUACUCCGCUUUCCGUCCGCAUUUUUGCCCUUACAGUGUAAUACUAAGGCAAUUUUUUUGCAUGAUGUGGUCUCGAUUAACAUUUUUCUUUAAAGAUUCAUCAUUUGCAACCUCGCCAUCGCCAUUUCCAUCGCCAUCGCCAUCCCCAUCGCCAUUGUCGUCACCAUUGCUAGUUCAGCAGCUGGUAUGUUUUCUAAAAAGUAAUUUACCGUUUUUAUGCAUGUCGCUUUUCAGGAUCUUCUCCGUUUACAAAUGUGACGGACAUUAAUUUUUAUUCCAGGCAAAUGAGUAUGUUUCAAGAUUUGGCGGAAUAAAUAUUACCGAAACGACUUCCAUACAAGUAUGUAAUUUUCAUAACUUAAAGGCGUUUUAACCUUGAUAUAUGUUUUUUAAACGAUAAAAAGUAAGUAUCUGACCUUUAAGUAGAAACCACCAUUAAGCCAUAUGAGAGAAAAUGAUGAGGCUUAAAAUUUAAUCCAGGCUCCUAAAAGAGUUCUUUAGCCAAUUAAUACCCUGGACACCAUUUGGGGCCUCCUGCUAGACUUUUUUCGCGUUCUUAAUAUUUAUUGUACAUUUGAGACUGGCUGGUUAAUGACCUGGAAAUAUUUUAUGUAAUUGUAGGAGGCUGUAACUGUGUUUGAAGAUUUCACCUUCAAAAUCAAGAACGUCACAAAAAACAAGACCGAUAUAGAAGAGGUUAAAACUCUGAAAAAAUCCAUCUUUAAGGUGGCAGAGGCCGUCGAGAAAUUUGCUCUUAAUUAUAGCAAACGACACCUGAGCGGAAUGAAACCUUCAAAAAGGAUCGUUUCUUCAAAAAUGGGUGAGCUUGCCGCCUUGAAUCCUGUUUAUUUCCAAAGUCUAUUCCUCUGUUACUUACUGACUUGCUGACUGACCGACUGAGUUGUCUAAUUUCCUAGAUAUUGUAAGAACUCAGGUAGAACCCAACUAUUUAGAAACGUUAUUGUUGAUGUCAUCGCUUCAUCUGUUAUUUUAAUUUGUUUGAUACUUUGAUUUUCCGCGAUGGAGAAGGUAAUAAAAGUAGAGAAAAAAAGAAUCCUUCAAAAUUGUAAAACCCUUAGUCUUGCUCUGUUUAUUGAAACUUUUCUUGAAUAACGGAUUGGUGAGUAACACUUUACUAACUGAAACUGUCAAAUCCUACAAAUACUCUCCGCUUACUUCAUACUAUACACUGAGCUCAAAGUUGGCCGAUCGUCUGCGAUGCAUAUAAAUGCAAGAUUUUUAAACGUACUCUUAAAAACUCCCUAGAGACCUCUAUAGUUCUCCAGGAACGAAUUGAGUUUUGAAAAUUUUUAGUCCGUCUAGUACUACUCGCUUUCUCAUCAGUUUUACAUUGAAAAAACGUUGUAAAAAGUUUAAAAUCGUCGAGUAGUCGUUGAAGGAAAAUAAGAUACAAACAAUACACGUCCAUCCAAUAAGAUUAUGAAAUAUUUGUGUACAGCACUAAACGCAUGUUUGUGUAGAUGUGCUAUUGUAAAUUUCACCGUAGGUGCUUUCAUUUGUCAUUUUUUUUUUAACAGUUUUGGCCAUUCAAAAAGCCUAUCGCCAGAAUGCAGGUGGCGUCCACUUUGAGGAACAACAAUGGCGAGCGAGAAUCGAUAUUGCUUCUUCAAAUUUUGAGGAAAAUGGUUUGUGGUAACUUUACAACUUUUAGCAUUACUUUGGUUUUUCUCCAAUCGAAAUUUCUGAAUUGAAAUAAAGUAUCAGGUAAAUGGGCUUCCUUAGUUUACAUAGUCUAUCUUUUUUAAUCAUUCACACACCUCAGAGCCUGUAAAAAUUUCAACUUUGUGGUUUUUUGCAAAUGUUGUUGUUUGAUAACUUUUUUUGUUGAUUCUUGGGGGUUUUAAGGAACAUUGCUAGUUGUGUUUGUGUACAAGGAUCUGCAUGACCUACUUCUGACAGAUCAAGCCAUAAGGAGUGAAACAGACAACCAAAGGUGACGUUAUUUUCUUAUUACUCCAUGUCGUUUACCCCCAAAGACACAUAACACGGAAACACAUAAGAUCUAUGUUCAGCUAAACUGAACUCAGAAACUUUCCAAACACCCUAACUGAGGUUGGAAGAGUCCCUGCUUGUCUCUGACCGUUCCACCUUCAUGAAAAAUUGCUUGAAUCUACCAAAAGUAUGUAAUUUUUCUUCCUUGUUUCUGAUCCAUCUCCGAAUACAAUUUCUUCAUAGGUAUGUCAACUCCAGGAUAAUAGCCGUAACUAUGGACCCCAAGCCAGAGACAUUGCGGGAAAAUGUCAUCCUAAAGUUCAAAAACUUAAAGGUAACAUGAACAUUCGUUGCUAUGCAUUUUUUUAAAUUUGUUCUGACAAGAUAAAAUCCAUUUUCAGGUUUCGACAGCAGAGAAGCGCUGUAUGUUUUGGAGUGGCCUCAACAAAAGGUAAAAAGACUUAAACAUAUUAAUGUAUAGUAUUCAUUCCUUUACAUUUAUUGUUUUAUAGUAUUCAUAGCGAAGAUUAACACUUUUCCUGUAAGCCAGCAUGUUGUGGUUUUUAUAGAGGGUAAGUCUGAUUGAAAUGUUCUCGCAACUAAGAUUCUAAUGGAAGAAAAACUUAGCGGAAAAUUGUCAAACAUUACCUCUUCCCCAAACUCUUUGUUAACUUUACUUUUUUUUCAUCUCUAACAGCUUUGCAGAAAAAGGAUGCCAUAUAGUUGCAUCAAAAAGCAACUCAGAAGAAACAGUUUGUAGCUGCAAUCAUUUGACGCAUUUUGCCGUCUUAAUGGACUACGACGGCAGCACAAAGGUAAUAAAGUUAUUUUUGCCUUACUUAGUAAUUUUUAUGGGCUCAGUUUACUAACUCGAUGUUGUCGUUUAAUUUUUCUUUUUUGGACACAGCUCACCGAGGAGGACAAAACAAUUCUGAAAAUUAUCACCUACGUGGGACUGAGCCUUUCCAUCGUCGGGAUACUUUUAACAUUAAUACUUUAUUCCUGGCUUACGUAAGUGAUGUACUUGAAUAAUAAUGAGGUAGAUUCUUAACUCUCCUCAACAAGGCUGGUAAGAAAAGAGAUUUCAAUGCCAAUCUCCAUGCAAACAAGAACAGUUAUAUCGGAUAAUUCACAAACUCAAGAUACAUGCCCCCACGUUUGACCAACUCAUGCCUUCAAUGUGUUGAUGUUGUUGUCGUUGUUGCUUUUGUAUAAUUCAUUAUUUCUUUUUUUUUACGAUUAUUUCAUUAGAGAUGUUUGUCAACCUCUCUCUCAAAUUCGACUGAGUGUUUCUGUGUCACUUGGAGCUGGACAGAUCAUCUUCCUCGCCGGAAUAAACGCCACAGAAAACAAAGUCAGUGGUCUCUCCUUCUGUCUAUAGAAUGAGUUUACUCUUUGCACCGUAAAUAUCUUGUCGAAAGAGCACGGUAAGAAGUAUACGAAAACUUUUUCUUUUCACAGGCUGCCUGUGUUACGGUAGCAGUUCUGAUGCAGUAUUUCUUGAUGGCCGCUUUCUGUUGGAUGCUGAUCGAGGGAAUUUAUCUCUACUUCUUCGUUGUGAAAGUUUACAACAUUAACACCAAGAUGUACAUGUAUCAUGUCAUCUCAUGGGGUGAGUUUUGUAUUUUAAAACAUGCACUGGUAACUGUAACCAUGCUUUCGAAUCGCUAAAUCUGGUGUUUUUAUGCAGUAAAGUGUUCGAUUUCCUUCCUUUCUGUAUGGGUAGGUCUUCCAGUGAUCAUGGUGGCCAUUUCACUUGGCAUCGCUGCUGGAAAAGAAGGGUUACAAAGCUAUACGAGUGAUAAACAGUAAGAAAAAAAUCGACGGUUUGUUCUUGCUCUUCUCCUUUAAUUCGUGACAAUUAAUUCUUUGUUUUGUUUUUGCAUAUAGUUUGAAAUCGGUAUCAUUUCAUUUGCUGAGGAUUUGUGUCUUUCUUGUGUCUCAUUUCUUCGAGUUUAGUUGCUGGCUUUCCUCGACUAACAACCUGAUCUGGAUAUUCGUCGCCUUCGUGGCUUUCAUUGAAGUUGUGAGUUUAUGAUUUGUGUUGGUGAUUGUGAUUGGUAUACCUGAACUACUUGCUGCUAGGCAUUUUUUCCUCUGCUCUAUUAAUAACGAAUUAAAGACUUAUGAUAUGACCCCACACAAUAUUUACCAUUUUCCUUUUCCUAUUUACUUAUAACAAACUUUGGACGUAGGUACUGUUUACGAGGAUGCUGGUCAAUUUUAACCUCGUGAUGGCCUUCAAUAGCGAGAAAAACCAGUUGAGACAAGCAAAAGAUAGCUUCAUAAACUCUCCAACUUUUACUACAUAGUAUGAGAAAAAAGAUCCUUGCCCUUCCUUGUUGAUGUUUUCUCACUGUUUCGCAUUGAUAUACCAAGAUAUGUUUUCGAGCAAAAAUAACUCUUAAAAAACAUUGAUCAAGAUGAAAGGAGCAGGAAGAUUAGGAGAUAUCAAAUUUAUGUAAUUUAACAUAAGGAUUCACUUUGCAUAUUUCACUCAGUUCAGACACUUUAGUUCGCGAUUUCUUUAGCUCAUUGUCAGAGAAUCGAAGCUGAUAAUCUAGGUCCCUCGGUUGGAAGUUCUAUUCCCUGUAAAUGACUCUUCAUCUCACGCUUAUUACCAAACUAGUAACGUCUUUGGCAAGUAUCCUCUCCUACUUUAGCUACGCGAUAACCAUAUCUUAAUAAUCGAUUUAUUUCUAUUGUAUUCUUCAGCUCAACAUCAUGAUACUCGCACGAGUCAUAAAGGAGAUGACCAAUUUGUUGCAGCCAAUAGGGGAAGACGACCAUUCUCAGCAAAUACGGUAACAUUCACAACAUAAAACUAAAACAAUAUAGUGGAAGAGGUUGCCUUGUCCUCCCGUGAGGCUCUAUUUGCCUAACCUCCUCAUUGUUUAAUCAGUAAGGCCUUACGAUAUCUAAAAAUGAAAAUUCAUCGUCAAAGGAAAAUAAAGGAAUGUUUUCUUUUUAACUCUUAGAAUUGGCAUCAAAUCAUGUGUGGUGAUGAUUCCCCUGCUGGGUAUCACGUGGAUAUUCGGUCUCCUCUCGCCUGUACAUAAAGCUUUCGUUUACAUCUUCACCAUACUUAGCUCUGCUCAGGUCAGUGUUCGAUGGUAAUUGUCAAAAAUCAUUCAAUAUCCAUCCUUAUUUUACUUUACAACCAAGUGAGACACCGUUACAAUAGUCACAUCAUAUUUAUUGGAAUUUUGAAACCAAAAAUGCCGCUAACUAUGCAAGAGAAGACAGACUUCUUUUUUCAUUAUAAGAUAUGCAAUUUUCUCUCGUUCUUGGAAAUCUUAAUAGAUAUUUGACUAAUUUGUUUGUAUACUGUUAAGAUUGAUGAUCUUGAAAUCAUUUUUAUGCUGCAGGGUUUCCUGAUUUUCGCUCUUCACUGCAUGCGAAACACCCAGGUAAGAUAAAACAUCAAACUGAUUAUUAACUGCAUAUCAUCAAGUUUUAGUGUUUCGAUGGAUAUCCGAGUACUUGUGCUAAGAACCGUAUUUCGUGUUGUUCGUCUAUCUGCAGAUCAGAGAGCGUCUCAAAAGAAAGAAGAAUAUCGUUUUUCCAUCUUCUAUAGAGAAAAACUCCACAAGGAAGAGUUCACAGGUCAAUCCAAGUGAGGUUGGGGAUGUAUGGGCAGUUGAACUGCAAUCCUGUGCUGAGUUUCAAUCGAAUUCGCAUUUAACUUAA